AAGCAUGGACAGACCCAAAAGAUUUGACCUUUUUUCUGGGUCGAAAUGGACCCAAGAUUUGACUACGGUUCGAAUCCUACCCAAUCCAGGUUUAAACUGCUCUCGGGCCAGCCCUUCUUCGUGGCCCCCACCUCGCCCUCGGGCCAGCCUUUGUUGCUGGAAUCGAUUUUUUGGCCCUAACCCCCCCAGCCCGAGUCCAGCCUUAGCUGCUGGACUUGCUCUCCAGGCGGUCGUUUAAAUAGCGCCAAUCCCGUUUCUUGUCUAACAAGCAAACGUGCCCUAGAUAUAUACUACAAAGCUUUUGGGAAAGCUUCACACUUACCUCUCCAAUGGCGGCCGAAGCACCAGAGCAAGCCCCGCCAGCCGAUGGAAUCCAAUCUCUUUCAAUUUCCGAGCCUCCACCAUCCAGUUCUUCAAAUCCAACUAUCCAAAGGAGUUUGGAGGAGAAGUACCAGAUGGUGAGGAGCGUGGCAGAGGAAUGUAUUCAAGAUGACGAGCUUUGGAAUUUGCUGGCUAAUAAGCCCGAACCCAUCUGCUAUGAUGGGUUUGAACCCUCCGGUCGAAUGCACAUUGCGCAGGGAGUUAUGAAGACAAUAAAUGUAAACAAGAUGACCUCCGCUGGCUGCAGAGUGAAAAUAUGGAUUGCAGAUUGGUUUGCACAAUUAAACAAUAAGAUGGGGGGUGAUUUGAAAAAGAUAGAGACUGUUGGGCGCUACAUGAUAGAGAUAUGGAAGGCUGCUGGGAUGAAUUUGGACAAUGGCAAAGUUGAGUUUGUGUGGUCUUCAAAGGAGAUUAAUGCGAGAUCGCAUGAGUAUUGGCCUCGUGUGUUGGACAUAGCUCGAACGUAUUCAGUUAAAAGGAUGACUAGGUGUUGUCAGAUUAUGGGUCGAAAUGAGCUAGGUGAUAUAAAGGCAGCCCAAAUUCUCUACCCAUGUAUGCAAUGUGCAGAUAUAUUCUUCCUUCAGGCGGACAUCUGUCAGAUGGGAAUGGAUCAGCGUAAAGUAAAUGUUCUUGCAAGAGAGUACUGUGAUGACAUCAAGAAGAAGAACAAGCCUAUUAUCUUGUCACACCACAUGUUACCUGGUUUGAAGCAAGGGCAGGAGAAGAUGUCUAAAAGCGAUGUAUCGUCCUCCAUAUUCAUGGAAGAUGAAGAGGCUGAAGUGAAUUUGAAGAUAAAGAAAGCUUACUGCCCUCCAAAUGUUGUUGAAGGGAAUCCAUGUAUGGAGUAUGUGAAGUAUCUCAUCCUACCUUGGUUCAAUGAGUUCAUUGUAGAACGCUCUGAAAAGAACGGCGGAAAUAAGACUUUCAAAAGCUUUGAAGAAUUGGCUGCUGAUUAUGAAAGUGGCGAGCUACAUCCAACUGACCUUAAAUCAGCUUUAUCAAAAGCAUUGAACAAAAUAUUGGAGCCUGUACGCACACACUUCAAGAAUGACAAAACUGCCAAAAAGCUAUUGCAAAGUGUCAAGAACUAUAGAGUCACCAGGUGAUGAAUGCAAUGGAGCUAAUGAUAUUGUAGGAAAACCUUUUUUUUUUUGGCAGAAACAUUGGAUAUCCUUAGUUGUUUUUCGAUUCGAUCUCUCUCAUAUACUAAACAAUUCCCUUGAGGGAUUUUUAUAUAUACGAAAUUGUUGCGGUUC